AUGAAGUUUGAAUUGUAUCUGUAUGUACUACUAGUAGUAUUCGGGGGAGCCGUGGUGAACGCUUCGUCUCCACCAGCUGCAGUUCUCCACUGCGUCAACGAUAUUGCCCGCCUUUGUGAAGGAUUUCAUAGCAACUAUGAAUGUAUAUGUUACAACAGAGACAGGAUGUUGUACUGUUUGGCAACUGUGUCUCCGUACGGCAAUUACAUGGAGGCCAGGGACCACUUUUUGGGGACAUGUAUCGAUCGCAUUCCUGCCUUAAUAAACGAUCCAAAUUUCAACCUAGAUUUACCAAGGAAAACAUUGACUACCACAGUUGGUGGUACCCUUACUAGUGCUUCAGAGUUUCCAUCGUCUGCGCUCGAGCCUAGCAAUGGCACCAAAACACCUCUUCCAACACUGGAACCGACCGCUUCCGCCACAGAGCCAAGUGUCUCAGAAGGAUACCCUUCAACAUCAGUACAUACUUCUGAACACACAACCACAUCGACAGAUUUAUCUUCAGAGUACCACUCUCCUGUUAGUACAGAACCAUUGCCAAUACCACUUCCUACAGAUAUUCCAGUGCAUAUUCCACCCGAUGAGUGUGACGACAACUUUGAAGAUGAUCCGUAG